UUCUUUUCUGGAAAAGAAAAAAAAAAAAGAAUACUGACAUUGCUUUCCACGUUCCACUGUUUCUUCACUCUGCUCAUAUUCUUCUUCUUCUUCGCUUCUUAAAACCCUAAACCCUUGAAAUCCUCAACAGAGCAGCAUCAAAUUCAACUAUUCCCUCAACUCUCUGCAAUGCAAAGUUCUGACUGAGUGCUGUGAAUGAUCGUUCUGAGCCACGCAAAAUGACGAUCGUGGCCUUGUUACUGAGUUUUCUGGUAGCGGUGACGGUGGUGGUGUCGCCGUCGCACGCGGCUUCCAGUGGUCCCCACAUUGCUGACGUCAACUUGCUCUUGCCGCCAAAAAUGACUUAUCCAGUUGAUUACCGGCUCCAAGGAAGCGACGGCUGCUUCCAAUGGUCAUGGGAUCAUCAUGACAUUCUGUCUGUUGAGCCUGAGUAUAAUUCAACCAGCAAGUGCUCAACUAGUGCAAGAAUAAGAUCCAUUUCCCCUUACAGUGUGCGGAAGGAAACUGCUGUUUAUGCUGCAGACUUGAAAACUGGGAUUGUGAUUCGCUGCAAAGUCUUUAUUGACAACAUAUCACGAAUACAGAUAUUUCAUAAUUCUAUUAAACUUGAUUUAGAGGGGCUUGCCACACUACGUGUUCGAGCCUUUGAUAAUGAAGAAAACGUAUUUUCUUCAUUAGUUGGCUUACAGUUUAUGUGGAGCCUUAUGCCUGAAGCCAAUGGAUUACCUCAUCACCUUGUUAAUGUUCCACUAAAGGAUUCUCCCCUUAGUGAUUGUGGGGGAUUAUGUGGUGACUUAGAUAUACAAAUAAAGCUUGAAGACAAUGGUGUAUUUUCAGAUCUUUUUGUAGUAAAGGGAAUUGAGAUUGGUCAUGAGAUUGUGUCAGUGCGUUUGCUUGAGACACAGUUAAAGAAUUUAGCUGAUGAGAUUGUUCUUACUGUUGCUGAAGCUAUGUCCCUCGAUCCUCCUUCACCAGUUCUUGUACUUGUUGGUGCAGUCAUUCCCUACACCCUUAAAGUCAUCCGUGGAAAUGUUCCUGAAGUGGUUACUUUACCCUCACCACAUCACCAAUGGUCUGUCUCAAAUGCUUCGGUUGCUCAGGUCGACUCAAAAACAGGGUUAGCAUACGCAUGGAACUUGGGCAUGACAGCUGUUAUUGUUGAAGAUACUAGGAUUGCUGGCCAUGAACAAGUGUCUUCAUUGAAUGUGGUCCUACCAUCUUCUCUAUGUUUGUAUAUAUCACCUUUAUCUAGUUCUGGUGAUCCAGUGGAAGGAGUAAAAUCUAACCCUCUGAUGACCCGGUGGUAUGUUAUAUCUGGCCAUCAAUAUCUUAUCCAGAUAAAGGUUUUUGCACAGGAUCAUCCUGCACAAGAAAUUUAUAUUACAGAGAAUGAUGAUGUUAAGGUUUAUGAUAAUGAUUCUGAUCAAUACUGGAAAACAUUUUUUGUUUCAAAUGAUAUUGCUGUUAAACACGGCUGGCGGAAUUCUAAAAUCUUGGAGGCUUAUUCACCAGGACUUGGAAAAUUGACAGCUUCUUUGAGCUACCCUGGUGGGGCUGAUGACAAAAAGGAGAUUAUCAAGGCUGUGCAAGAAAUAAUGGUUUGUGAUAAAGUAAAGUUCACCUUGGACAAUGAUAGUGGAAUGAUCUUAUUACCAUGGUCAACUGGUGUUUAUCAGGAGGUGGAGUUAAAGGCUACAGGAGGCUGUGCAAAAACUGUGAGUGACUUCAGAUGGCUAUCUUCAGACUCGUCCACAGUAUCUGUAACAGCUUUUGGUAUUGUCCAGGCAAAAAAACCUGGUAAAGCUACUAUCAAAGUGUUAUCUGUAUAUGAUUCACUAAAUUAUGAUGAGGUCCUUGUUGAAGUCUCCAUUCCUUCUUCUAUGGUUGUGCUUCACAAUUUUCCUGUAGAAACUGUUGUUGGAUCAUAUCUUAAAGCUGCUGUGACAAUGAAAGCAGCAAAUGGUUCCUUUUUCUAUGUAUGUGAUGCCUUUAAUUCAUUGAUAAAGUGGAAGUCUGGAAGUGAGUCUUUUGUAAUUGUCAAUGCAACUCAGGAGUUGUUAUACUUGAAAACUGAGCCAAAUACUCAGCUCCGAUCAUCAGUCAAUGGUUCUCCCUGUUCCUGGACAUAUGUUUUGGCUUCUCAUCCUGGUCAAGCUGUGAUCCAGGCCAUUUUUUCCAAAGAAGAUCACCACCACAGUCAUAGUCCUGUUGGACUAAAAGCAUCCUUACGCAUUGCGGCAUAUCGACCCCUUAUUGUACGUCAGGCAGGUGAUGGAAACCAAUUUGGUGGUUACUGGAUUGAUUCGGCUCAAGCAGAAAAUGACAAGCAGUCACAUGGUUUAGAGGAAUUAUAUCUUGUACCUGGCACAAGUUUAGACAUAGCACUUGUUGGUGGUCCUGAACAAUGGGACAAAGGUGUGGAUUUCAUUGAAACUGUGGAAGUUUUGGAUCAAGCCAAUGCUCUAGCUGAAGAUGGAGUUCUUGUGCAACGUGUAUCUGAUAGCUUCAGGAAUUUGUAUGGAGUUUUAUGUCAAAAGCUGGGAACCUUUAAACUUCGUUUCCAACGUGGGAAUUUGGUUGGGGAGGACCAUCCUCUGCCUUCAGUGGCUGAAGUUUGGUUGUCUGUGAUGUGUAGCAUUCCUUCUUCUAUUGUACUUAUAGCUGAUGAACCAGUGAAUGAAUGCAGAAUAAUUAAAGCUGCAGCUCAAGCUGAACGUAGUUCAGGUAGACUUCAUGAUGCCCCUGUUAUUGUGGCAAAUGGGCGCACUAUUCGUGUAUCUGCAGUUGGUAUCAGUGAUUUGGGAGAGGCUUAUGCAAAUUCAUCUUCUCUCAAUUUGAGGUGGGAACUUAGCAGUUGUGAGGGACUGGCCUACUGGGAUUAUGGUUUUAAUAUAGUGAAGUCUAACAGUUGGGAGAUAUUUCUGGCCUUGCAAAAUGAAUCAGGCUUGUGCACUGUUCGUGCUACUGUUACUGGCUUUGCUGAGAACUUGGGAGAUGAUACAUUUCACGGGUUUACUGAAACAGAAAAUGUUCUGACAGAUGCAAUUCAUUUACAGCUUGUUUCUACCCUUAGAGUUGAUCCAGAGUACAAAUUGAUAUAUUUCAAUCCUGAUGCAAAGGUAAACCUGACUAUUGUUGGUGGGAGCUGUUUCUUGGAAGCUGUUACAAAUGAUUCUCAAGUUGUACAAGUUAUUCAACCACCAUCUGGAUUUGAAUGCCUACAAUUGAUUUUGUCCCCUAAAGGAUUAGGGACAGCCAAUCUGAAUAUAUAUGAUAUUGGACUAAAUCCUCCACAAAGAGCUUCUGCACUGGUUCAAGUUGCAGAUAUAGAGUGGAUCAAGAUCAUAUCAGGAAAAGUGAUUAGCAUGAUGGAAGGAAGUUUGCAAACUAUUGACUUAUUGGCUGGUAGUACUGGCGGAAAUAGUUUUGAUGCUUCUCAGUUUGUUUACAUGAAUCUUCAUGUACACAUUGAAGAUAAUAUAAUUGAGCUGGUGGAUAUUGACGAUUUCUCAAGCCUUGUUGGUGGACAUGUUAAUGCACCAAGUUUUAAAAUAAAAGGGAGACAUCUUGGAAUUACAACCCUUUAUGUCAGUGCUGUACAACAUUUGGGACACGUAGUACAAAGUCAAGCUAUUAAGGUGGAAGUUUACGCUGCCCCAAGAAUACACCCUGACAAUAUUUUCCUACUACCUGGUGCAUCGUAUGUGCUUACCAUGGAAGGAGGCCCAACUCUUGGGGUUCGUGUUGAGUAUGGAAUUGAAAAUGAUAAAAUUGCAAGUAUUGAUAGAUAUUCUGGACGACUCUCGGCAAGUUCUAUUGGGAACACUACAAUUACUGCUAGUGUCUUUGUGAAUGGUAAUACUGUAAUUUGUGAAGCACGGAGUAUUUUAAGGGUGGGAAUUCCGUCUACUGUCAUGUUGCAUACGCAGAGUGAACAACUUGGGAUUGGCCGAAAAUUGCCAAUUUAUCCGUUAUUUCCCGAGGGUACUCUGUUUUCUUUCUAUGAGCUAUGUAAAAAUUACCAGUGGACCAUUGAAGAUGAAAAGGUAUUGAGCUUUAAGGUGGCAGAGACCUUGCACGGGGAUGGGAUCCAGUUUACUACUUCAGCAAGAAGUGAAGUUAAUAGUUAUUUUGAUGAGAAUAACCUUGGCUUUAUUAAUGUCUUGUAUGGAAGAUCUCCAGGCAAGACCAAUGUUGCUGUGUCUUUCUCGUGUGAACUUUCAACUUCUGGGUCAAGGGCACAGUCCAUGUUUUACAGUUCAUCUUUGUCAGUAACAGUGAUUCCUGAUCUUCCACUGGCUUUGGGAAUCCCCAUGACCUGGAUUCUUCCUCCCUACUAUACAAUGACGAACCGUUUGCCUUCAUUGUCGGAAUCCUAUGCACAAUAUGAUAGUCGAAAUCGCAGGGGAACCAUCAGCUAUUCUUUAUUGAGAAGUUUAGAGAAAAACGAUGCUAUGCAAAAAGAUGCCAUAUUCAUUGACGGGGACAGAAUUAAAACUACCAAAAGUAAUAAUCUUGCUUGUAUUCAAGCUAAAGAUCGUACUACAGGAAGAACAGAGAUUGCUUCUUGUGUCAAGGUUUCUGAGGUGACUCAAAUUAGAAUAGCCAGUAAGGAGGUUCUCCUCAAUGUGAUUAACCUUGCUGCUGGUGCAGAACUUGAUCUUCCAACAAACUUUUAUGAUGCUUUAGGAAAUCCUUUCCACGAAGCCUACAAUGCUGUGCCUUUUCAUGCUGAAACUAACUACCCUGAUGUUCUCUAUGUAAACAAAACAGCUGAUGGAAAAGGCAAUGUCCAUAUCAAGGCAAUUCGGCAUGGUAAUGUUCUUGUGCGUAUAUCAAUUAGUGAAGAUCUGCAGAAAUCAGAUUAUGUGCUGAUUAGAGUGGGUGCCCAUAUAUAUCCGCAAAAUCCAGUUCUUCACAUAGGAAGUCCUCUUAACCUAAGCAUAAAAGGUUUGAGUGAUACAGUUUCUGGACAGUGGUUUACUACAAAUAGAAGUGUAGUAUCCGUUGAUACACUAUCUGGGACGGCCAAAGCUAUUGGGCAAGGUUCAGCCCAAGUAUCUUUCCGUUAUGGAGGAUCAAAACUGCAAACAACAAUUACAGUGUUGAAAGGAGAUUAUAUUUCUUUGCUUGGCCCAAAGGAGAUGUUAACUAAUGUCCCAUACCCCUCGAAAGGAUACAACUUCUCCGUGAAAUUCAGUAAUUCCUACAGUGAAUCCCUUGGUGCACCUGGAGAAAACACGAGAAUUUUAUUCAAUUGUAGAGUAGAUCCACCAUAUGUGGGGUACGUGAAGCCAUGGCUGGAUCAGGAAUCUGGCAAUUCAUAUUGCUUAUUUUUCCCUUACUCACCGGAGCAUUUGGUGCACUCAGUACCUAAGUUAGAAGGCAUGAGGCCAGAUGUAUCAGUCUCCAUUUCUGCUUCUCUUGAAAAUGAACAUAUAUCUGGAUCUGCUUCAGCACUUUUUAUUGGCGGAUUUUCUAUAAUGGAGAUGAGCAAGAAUCCGUUGCUGCUGAAUCUGACACCAGGCUCAAACAAAACUGCCAUUACCAUAUUGGGAAAUACUGAUGUUGAAAUUCACUGGCAUCAUCGAGAUUUGAUUAUGAUCAGUCUCAUCCACAGAGAAGAUAUUGGCAUUCGUGGGUAUGCACGGUAUGAGGUUCAACUUCUGAAAGCCAAGAGAUUCAGAGACAAAAUCCGCAUCACACUUCCAGCUAAUGGCCAGAGUGUGGAAAUAGACGUCAACCAUGAACCUGAGGAAACAGCACCAUCCAGCAUAGCCAUAAAUAAAGCCUUCUGGGGAAGUAUUCUGGGAUGUUUUCUGCUGUUGAUUUUAUCAAUCGUUAUCUUCACACGUUUCUUCGAGAAACCAGAGAGAUCUCAGCAAACAAGUUCCUCGGUUACUACAACUACAAGCAUUGCAGCUCCCAUAACUCCUGAUAGAAGCAACCCGUCUGCUGUAAAUGAAAUGUCUCCGCGAACACCUCAACCAUUUGUAGACUAUGUGAGGAGAACCAUCGACGAAACUCCAUAUUAUAAGCGAGAAGGGAGAAGAAGGAAAAUAUUUAUAGGUGGUUUAGCGAGAGAAACGACCAUUGCUCAAUUUAUUAAGCACUUUGGGAAAUAUGGUGAGAUCACGGAUUCGGUCAUCAUGAAGGACAGGAAAACUGGGCAACCUCGCGGAUUCGGGUUUAUAACGUACGCCGAUCCCUCGGUGGUUGAUAAAGUCAUUGAGGAUCCUCACGUCAUCAAUGGAAAACAAGUUGAGAUUAAGCGGACGAUACCAAGGGGAGCUGUUGGCUCUAAGGAUUUUAGGACAAAGAAAAUUUUUGUAGGUGGAAUUCCUUCAAAUGUGACUGAAGAUGAAUUCAGAGACUUCUUUACUCGCUAUGGUGAAGUAAAAGAUCACCAAAUAAUGCGGGACCACUCCACCAACAGAUCUCGUGGCUUUGGGUUUAUCACAUUUGAUUCUGAAGAAGCAGUUGAUGAUCUUCUAUCCAUGGGGAACAAAAUUGAAUUUGCUGGAGCUCAGGUGGAAAUCAAGAAGGCUGAACCAAAGAAGCCAAACUCGGCACCUCCAUCAUCCAAGCGCUACAAUGACUCAAGAUCUUCAUACGGUGGUGCUGGAUAUGGAGAUGCCUAUGAUGGAUUUGGUGGCAAUUUUGGAGUUGGGGGUGGUUAUAGAUCAGGUGGUGCUUAUGGUGGCGGUAGGGGUGGUGCUUAUGGUGCCUAUGGAAGUGAAUUUGGUGGUUAUGGAGGAUAUGCUGGUGCGAUGGGACCGUACAGAGGAGAUCCCUCCCUCGGUUAUGCUGGUCGAUAUGGUGGAAGCUUUAGUAGAGGGUAUGAUCUUGGUGGGUAUGGUGGACCUAGUGAGAAUUAUGGGGCAUAUGGUGGGGGUGGUGGUUCUUCUGGUGGUGCUGGUGCCGGUGCCUAUCAAAGUGGCUAUGAUGGCAGCCUAGGAGGUGGAUAUGGAGGGACUAGUGGGGGUCCCUUCUAUGGGAGCAGUAGAGGUGGUUAUGGUGCUGGCCGAUACCAUCCUUAUGGAAGAUAAGAUUGGAUAUCGAGCAUUUGUAGUCUAGGACUAAUAUGUCUAGCAUCAAAGCAAGUUUGUAGUCUGUGUUUGGUUCAUCAGUUAGAUUACAUGUUUUCUUUUCAAAAGAGAAUUGCCAAGUAUGCUUUCAUUUAUCAGCACACCCAUUUCUGGGAAGUCUAAACAAAAUUUUCAUUUGAUCCCCCUUUGAAGUCUUUUUUUGUUCAUGUAAGCUGCAAAUUGUGCAGAUGCUUGUAUUCUCAAUGUUAUUGUUGCUUUGUACCA